AUGCGCCCACACGCUUACACGACCGCCCCGGGUGUUUGUGCUCGUGCUGUCACACCCCGCGUGCCCGCGCACUUGCACUCCCACACCCGUGCGAGCUCAACCCCUCGCGCCCUUGCAGCCCCACGCACGCUGCAGCCGUGCACUCACACGCACCUGUGGUGGCACACGCAGGUUCUUGCCCUCGCGGGAGCCACACCCGCGCACUGGCACAGCCGAGGACCGGCAAAGGAUGGAUAUUUAUCUUAUUUGGUUUUCCCCCAUUUCUGGGGUGUCACCAAGGGCUACAGUGGCACCACCUUUGCCUACGGCCACGGGAAGUCAUUCACCACGCAGGGAAUCGUGGAUCCUUCCUCACAGAAGGGGAUCAUUCGAGCAAUUGAACACAUCCCCGAGAGCAUACAGUGUGCUGGAAGUGCCGAGUUCCUGGGGAGAGCCUCCUACCUGGAGAUCUGCAAUGACCUUCUGGGAGCUGACACCAAGCAGAAGCUGGAGGCUGCAGACACUAGAGGUGGCUGCGGGGGCGAAGGAUAAAAACAAGGACCCGAAGGAAAAGCAUGAACACCAGAAAAGAGACAUGGAUGAACAGAGGGUGCAGGUUGUGGCUGCACUGCAGGGAUCCAACGAGG